ACUUUAGGUGAGGCGAUCGCACGACCUACGUAAAGUCUAGCUUGCAAUCUUACCACAAACGAAUCGCACGGCUAAAUAUCGCCUCAUCGUUUAUAGGUAAGACUGGUAAACAUGGACAAGUUUAAGUGUGACAACUGGACAUGGGCCACCAACAACCACGUCAUCAACUGGGCCAAGGCGGGUACGGCCCUGAUGUUUUUCUUUGGCAUAGUCAUCCCAAACUCUGUACUGAUCACGGUGCUGGUGAGGGGAUUGCUGAAGGGAGGCAAGAGCAUUCCCCGGCUGCUCGUACUCGCCAUCGCCUGCACAGAUCUAGCGGCUGGGUGUUUUGCCACCGGCCACGCCACCUUUGAGCACCUGUUUGGCACCUGUGCAGCAGGUGAGUUAACGGGGUGUAAGUACCGCGCCUUCGUGACCUACCUGUUCUACAUUGCGUCUCAGCUCUGCGUGGUGUCCUCCGCGCUGGAGAGAAUGCUAGCGCUGAAGCUGCCUUUCAAAUACCAGCUGUUGGUCAGCUACAAGUCUGCCUUCUGUGUGCUGGCUGGCGUGGUGGCGUAUUCGGUAUGUACAAUACAGAGAGGACACGAUACAUUUGUUGAGAUCAAACAGAAGUUCGGCAUCUCCUGUCAGUACGAUUGGCACGACCAGAGGCCGCUGGCGCAGGGAUACGCCUACUUCACUGUCAUACAAGGUCAGUUAGUGAUUGAUUGA